AUGGAGGAUCUAACAGCGUACGCGUCGGGAGCUGCUGCUGGCGGCGAUGAAGCUGCUCCCCACCGUGCCGACAGUGACGCUCCUGUUGCUGCCCCGGUCGCCCCCAGGGAACCGGAAGAAGAAGUAGGCUGUAGCAGCCAAAGCGCCGCGAGUGACAGCGAGAAGCUUGACGACAGCGAGGACGAGGACUUCACCCCCGACUCACAGGCAUCUAGUGACGACGAAGAGCCCCUUACAGCUGAGAGCGCAGAUAGUGGAGAGGAGGACACUGCUGCUGAGGGUGACGAGGACAUUGGUAUCUAUCUGAUGGACCAGGAUCUUCGUGGCCAAGUACCUCCAUUCUCCAAGCUGAUGCGUGUGGGAAUCGCUGCGUGGAGAGCAAGACUAAGCAGCUGGAGUUGCUGCUCUGCUCGCUGUCCACAAUGA